ACAGACCACAAAAACUAUUUUUGUUACAACUCCCCGUGUUUGUCAUAUUUCCAUUUCAAAUCACUGACAUAAUUCAAGUGUAGACUGUAGGCCAAAACUCCGAGUAUCAGUGAAGGCAGCAGUGUGGGUACAUCCCACCUGAGCUGUACGUUACAGUUGUACACAGACAAGAUGGCAGCUUCAUUGGAAGACGAAUUUGAAGAUGCGCCUGAUGUGGAGCCGUUAGAACCAACUCUGAAGAACAUUAUCGAGCAGAAAUCUUUGAAGUGGAUAUUUGUGGGUGGAAAGGGUGGUGUCGGUAAAACGACAUGUAGCUGUAGUUUGGCUGUCCAGCUGGCUGCGGUCAGGGAGAGCGUCCUCAUCAUCUCUACAGAUCCUGCCCAUAACAUCUCUGAUGCUUUUGACCAGAAGUUCUCAAAGGUGCCUACGAAGGUCAAGGGCUAUGACAACCUCUUUGCAAUGGAGAUUGAUCCAAGCCUGGGUGUGGCAGAGCUUCCUGAUGAGUUCUUUGAGGAGGACAACAUGCUCAGCAUGGGCAAGAAGAUGAUGCAGGAGGCCAUGAGUGCCUUCCCUGGUAUCGACGAGGCCAUGAGCUACGCAGAGGUCAUGAGGUUAGUGAAAGGAAUGAACUUCUCAGUGGUGGUGUUUGACACUGCCCCCACUGGCCACACACUGCGGCUGCUCAACUUCCCCACCAUUGUGGAGCGUGGACUGGGCCGCCUCAUGCAGAUCAAGAACCAGAUCAGCCCUUUCAUCUCCCAGAUGUGUAACAUGCUCGGUCUGGGUGACAUGAACGCAGACCAGCUCGCCUCUAAGCUCGAAGAGACCCUGCCCGUCAUCCGCUCAGUCAGUGAGCAGUUCAAAGACCCAGAACAGACCACCUUCAUCUGCGUGUGUAUCGCUGAGUUCCUCUCCCUGUAUGAGACAGAGCGGCUGAUCCAAGAGCUGGCCAAGUGCCGCAUCGACACGCACAACAUCAUCGUCAACCAACUUGUUUUCCCUGACGCAGAGCGGCCGUGUAAAAUGUGUGAAGCCCGCCAUAAAAUUCAGUCCAAGUAUUUAGACCAGAUGGAGGACCUUUAUGAAGAUUUCCACAUAGUCAAGUUACCGCUGCUGCCCCAUGAAGUUCGAGGUGCCGACAAGGUCAACACGUUCUCGAAGCAACUUCUGGAACCCUACAAACCCCCAAACAAGUGAUCUCUCUCCCUGCAGGACUUCCUCCCUGCCCACCCCCAUCCCCUCCGUACAGACCACACCUCUAUCUACAGUCUGAACUCACCUCCUCUGAGCCCCCUCCCUCUCCCUCUCCCCCCAACCAGCCUCAAACCCCACAGCAACAGCCUCAAGAAGAUCCACUCAGUCCUCAGCCCGUCAUCCAAAGCAGAGCACUUCUAUGGCACGACACACGCCCUUGAUGGAGAGCUGACAAAAUCCCAAACACACACAUACACACGCGUUCUGCUGUAUUGUUAGAUAAGGCAGUGCAGAUUUGUGCUGCCUUACUCUCACUUCUCUUGUCUUCAUAUGUGUACCAGCUAUCCCAACUUAAAGCAUUUAACUUUUUCUCCACAAAAAACCUCCCCCCCUCCUCCUCCUCCUGCUCCUUGUCCUCCUCCAUCCUACAGAGUGUUGAGCCUCAGAUGUGAAGACCACGAGUGUGUCCGGGUGACGGUGCUGUGUAUUCCAUAUUUCAGACGGUUGAUGUUUAUGCCUUGUGUAUUCUGUGUGGUUUGGUGGCUGUGUCUGUUCUCCGGUUUGACUUUUGACUAGAAUUUCACACAAACGCAUCUCUCACACACAUCGGGAAUUUCCAUCCAAAUUUCUACAGAUUCAGGGUGUGACGGCAGGGCAGUGAAAAAAGACACUUAAAAAAAAACAACAUCGAAAAAGAAAGUGGCCUGUGGUCUUUAGUAAUUUUUUUUGUUCUUGACCAAGACCAUCCUUCUUAUUGCAAUAAAGAAAACCGAAGCAGUCUAAAGUGUGUCUUUUACCAUUUGUCAAACCCUUAGACCUCCCCUCUCCAUGUGAUCAUGGUGUAAAUGCAGUUACCUAAUGUCAAUGAGAUUUUGAAUCGAGUCAAAUUGGGAGCGUUAUGUCUUCAAUGGCUAUGUUAUUGUUUGAACUAGACAGUCUUAAUGGCCUCUGUUAAAUAUUUUAGGCCACUGUGGUUGCUUCGGGUGGUACAGGGUUGGAGCCAGCACCAGUUUAGAGAUUUUAAGGCAAAAAUAUGUGAUAAGACUCAAAAACAAAUGCUCUUCUCUGUCAAACAUGUGUCCAUCCUGUUUACCUACAAGCUAUAUGGGAACACUAUUGAAAGACAUUAGUAGCCUUACUUAGUGCAUUGUUAAUUAAAACUAUAUUGAAUGUUUCUUGGUCAAACGUUGAACCAAUGAAUGGUGAGUAAAGCGUCCUUGUCCUAGUCAUUGAAGACUGGACUCUGAUUGGCUUCACCUGAUGCUUGUGUUUUGUUUCUCCAUCUCCCAACAGAAGGAUACAGAAAACAGGUUAAUACAUCCCCAAGCGAAAGCAUAAGUUCUCUUCUCCGUUACUGAAUGCUUUUGAGUCAAUGACAAGCUGUUUUCUAUACAUUUUCUUUAAGUUAUGUUGCAAGUGUUAAUUAAAACAAACUUGCCUCAGA